UGAGUCAAAAAAUUAUAAACACAGUUGGCGGUAAAGAUGGAGCAUGUAGAGAGUGAACCCUUACCCAGCGAUGAAACAAAUCAGGAAUACAGAGUCCAAGUAACGUCGAAGAAAGAAGUAAUCAUGCAAAUAAAUAAAUACAAAGAUAUUUUGAAGACAGCUCUCGACGGACAGCCGGAAGUUGCAGAGGAGACGAAGCAAGUUUUACUGCAGGAGCUGCUGGCGAACUUUGAGGCGGCUGUUCAGGACAACGUGUUGGUGAACGGACAGUCUUGGGAGGCGGCUCCUGACGUUGAAGCAGAGGAUGAGGCUGUUGAUCUGGAAAGCCAGCUGGAUGACACCAUUGUUGGUACCACCAGGAGGCGUAGUACUUACCCAAGAAAGAUCCUGCCUCACGUGGUUCAGUCCCUCAAAGCUGAACGUAAACUCAUGGGGCUGUACGAGCUUGCACUCAAACCUCAAGAGGUGGUUAAAGAUCCCGAUCAAGAGAGCAUCAUGAACGAUUUGUCAGCAGCAGCUCCUGGGAUGGUGAAACAGGCCAUCCAGGUCAUAAAGUCAAUCAACACUCUGCAGAAACAAGCUGAAGGCCUCUGUGAGGUCCUCAACAUGAAGCCGAGUCACGCCACUCUGGAGAUCCACAGAGAAGUGUUUGGUGUUAACGGCCAAUCAGACGCUCCCUUGCCUCCUGUGACUGGAGCUACGAGGAGCAGGCAGCCGAUCAAGAGAGCCGUAGAGGAAGCAGCAGCCACAGACUGCUAUGUGUCGCCUAAGAAGAAACCUGUUGGAGAGGACACGCCAGAAUGAGCCCUCCUCCAGCCAAUACCACCAGAAUAAUUAAGAUGGUGUGAUAUUAUGGACUAAUGUGGUUUUUUUUCUGCACAGUUUUGUUUCUCAGCUCUUUAAAAGAAUAUAACCCAGUGGUUGCAUAUGAAAUGACUCUUGAGGUUUAUUAAUUUUCAACAUAGGGAAAGAGUUUUUCUUUCAAUACUAUGACAUUAAUAUGAUUCCCUAUACAUUCCAAACCACAAGAGAGAAGACAGAGUUUCUGCUGAAAGAAAUAAUCCACUACAGUGAAGUCCAAACAGAUGUUUCAGGGAAAUGUGGAACAGGGUUACGUCUGAGAUAGGUUCUCCAACUGACGAGCGGACACAAAACUGGUUGCUUGAGCUUCCAUUUGCGUGGUUUUUUUCUGUGGUGUGCAGCAACCCCCUUCUUUCUUUUUGAUUCUCUUCAUAUUGCAUUCACCAGCAGCCGACUGAAUUACACCACUGGGCAGGUGAGGAUUUUUCUUAUUGCACACACCAGUGUGUCACAGUUAAUGUGAAUGUAAUUUGCCCUUGAAAUCGCAGAGAGUUUCGCAAUUGAUAACGCCAUCUGAAUUAAGUAAUAAUCUUUAGUGCCAAACUGAAUCAGAUGAAGUCAUAAAAAAGACAAUUGAAUCCUGUUCUUAUCCGGCUCAUAUUU